AUGGCGAUGCUGCACCUUACAGUCUUUAAACUAGAUCAUCGAGUCUUCUGACCCUCUCCUAGAGAAUUAAAAAUAUUUUAGAUAAUUUUUUUAGUUUUGAAAUUUUCAAUUUGAUAUAAAAAUGAAGGAAGUCAGCCUUUAGAAAUCUAAUUUGAGUUUUUUAUUUCUCAAUCUGCCUUAGAUCUAGCGAUAGUAGCUUGAGGUUUAAUUAUCAAAGUAUUAUUUUAAAUAAAUUUCAUAAUAAAAAAUCCCGUAAUUAUUAUUUGGGUAAAUUAAUUAAAACAAAAUUGUAUGCUUUAUAUUUAAAAAUAAUAAUUUACAUGCAAAUAGUUUUGAUAUCCAAUUUAAUUAUGCUAAAUCGAUAAUUUAUUUUUUUUAAAGUGUGGACUGAAUUAAAAUAAUAUACUAAAAUUUAUUAGCACUUUGAAUUGCUAAAUUUAUAUAUAGUAUUUUUCAAAAAAUUUUGUAUUAUUUUCUCAUUUGUAAAAAAAAUUAAUGCCCUUUAAUUUAUUUCAUUCUAACUAACAAAAAAAUUUUGUCCACUCACGGAGGGGGUUAAAUUUUUUUUUUUCUUCAAAAUCUAAAAAAAUCCUAAUUCGCAAAAAUUGGAAAGCAAAUUUUAAAUUUAAUCUAUAAAAUUUAUGUUUUAAAAAGCAAUUCGUAAAAAUUACACAGAAUUAACUCUAGAUUUCAUUAUACUAAUUAUCACUUAUAUAUCAAAAAUUUUUUCCAUAAAACAUUUUUUCUAUUAAAAAUAUUUUUGUUCACUCACGGAGGGUGGGUUUUUGGGCAAAAAUAGCGAUUUUUCAAAUGGUUUUGUUCACUCACGGAGGGGGGGGAGUAAGGAAGUGAGCUAUUUUUUGGAUUCUCCAUUUAUUUUUAAUUGCAUGUAUGAUUGGGAUUCUCUGCUCCCAAAAUUGAGUGAAAUCUGAAUCAUCCUUAACACCAUUCGAAGGGAGCUUAAGUAAAGUAACAAAUGGAUACGAUAAAAUUGACGAAGAUUCUUAUACAUCUUUAUCAGACAGCUACUGUACCAAAUCUCACAACUCUUCUGAUAGCUUUUGCAAAACAUUUGAAGAUCUUUCAGCUGCAUAUACAGUUUAUUUGGUUUUUGAAGUAAUUGGGAUGAUAUGCAUUCUUAUAUGAGCAAUUAUUCUUGGGUGUUUUAUUUUUAAUAUAAAUUGUUUUCCUUGUACAUUUUGCUGCUCAACUUGUGCAUUAGCAAGCCAUUAUAUCGCUUUAUUUGGUUGAAUAGUAAUUUCAAAAGCAAAUUUUGAAGGAGACUGCACGGAUUCGAUGAAUGAACAGCCAAAUAGCAAGAGGCCACACUUAUGUGUGAGUGAGGGGCCUAAACUUAGCUUAUUUCUGGCAAUUUUUAUUCCAAUUGUGGUUAUUUCAUUUGUUGUAAUUGGUGCAACGGCUUUAUAUAAAAAAUCUAACCAAGGAUUAGAAGAGUCAGAGAAACCCCCAGCGGUUGAUUUAUCGGAUAUUAGUUUCAAAAUAAAUAAUGACCCAGAUCAGUACGAUAAUGCUAUUUAA